ACAGCUUCAUCUUUCUCUAUUUUCUUCUUUGUUUCUCUAGUCUGUUUUAUCCCAACUUAAGCACAAUGGUGUUAGAAACUAAGAGCCUUUCAUCAGCCAUGAAUGCUAAAAUUGUGGGCAUGGGGAGUGAGUCCAUAGUCCUAGCACAUGGCUAUGGAGGAGACCAGUCUGUCUGGGACAAAAUCCUUCCUUACUUAGCUCAACAUUACAGUGUUCUUGUUUUCGACUGGACCUUCUCGGGUGCUGCUAAGGACCCCAACCUCUUUGAUCCUGCCAAAUAUUCGUGCUACGAUGAUUUUGCUAAUGACUUGAUUUCUCUCUUGGAUGAACUUGACUUGAAAUCCUCAGUCUAUGUUGGCCACUCCAUGUCUGGUAUGAUUGGAUGCAUUGCUUCCAUCAAAAGACCUGACCUCUUUAGCAGCCUCAUACUUAUUGGAGCUUCUCCUAGUUAUAUGAAUACAGAUGACUAUGAAGGUGGGUUUGGGAGUUCUGACAUUAAGCAAAUCAUCUCAAGCAUAGAAUGCGACUUUCACAACUGGGCUGCUCACUUUGCUUCCCUUGUUGUGGACUCAAAGGACCCUCUAUCUGUUGACAAGUUUACCAAGUGCCUGCAAAAAAUGAGACCUGACUUUGCACUUGCUAUAGGCAAAAUAGUGUUCUACGUUGAUGAAAGAGAUACACUUGACAAGGUCUCAACUCCUUGCACUAUCAUCCACACAAGCAGUGACAUUGUCAGUCCAAAAUCGGUCGCAUUUUACAUGCAGAAGAAAAUCAAGGGAAACCCCAAAGUGGAGAUUAUGAAUACUAAUGGCCAUUUCCCACAGUUAACUGCACACAUUGAGCUUCUUGAUGUUCUAGGACUGAUCUUGGGGGUUACAUUUGAUCUUGAUGGAAAACCAAGACUAGGAAAAUUAUCUUGCUGAUUAUGAGUAGACGAAUUUCUUGUACUCUUGUCCUCUUUGUUUCAGCUUUUCGUUUGGAGAGGUAGCAUAGCACUAUAGUUAGGAAGAAUAAUAUGAAGGCCACACAAAUUUAUGCCUAUAUCUUAGACGGCCUUGUCUCCUAUGU